AUGGAACACGUGAGGUUCGUGGGCCAGGUGGUGUCUUGGGCGGUUCGAUGUGGGUGUCUCGGCCACUUGAUACAGGAGUACGUGUUUGAGUUUUCCGAGACUAGGGGAGAGCUGAUGCUCCCCACCCUCCAGCAGCAGCACGACUACGUCGCCACCAACAAGCGGUACCGCUUGGGGCGGGGGCUCGACAUGGGCGACUGCAUCGUGGCGAUGAAGCCGCUGGACCCUCUCCACCGCGUGUGCAAGCGGAUCACGGGGAUGCCCGGCGACGUGGUGUUGGUGGACCCGCUGCUGAGUCUGGAGCUCUCCAAUUCUCCCGCCAGUGUCAUUAGCCACGAUGGCUAUAACAAAUACAUUGUCGUGCCUGAAGGUCACGUGUGGGCUACGGGGGACAACUUAGCGCUUAGUCUUGAUUCUCGGUCGUACGGAGUGGUGCCGAUGGGUCUAAUUACGGGCAAGAUCGUGGGUGCUACUCUGGUGGGAGAUAGUCUCCACAGUCUUCUGGGGAUCUUCGGGUUCAAGUGGUUGAAUUACCGCAAGAUCAGCAAUACCUUUGUCGAUGAUUGA